AGGUGAGAGCGAGCGAGCAAGGGGCAUGGAGAGAGAGAGAGAGAGAGAGAGACAGAGACAUUAGUGCCUUUCUAAAGGCGGCUGUGCAAAACACUAUUGUACUGUACUUGCUUGUACCUUAUGUAGUAGUAGCGUUACGGAUGCGCCCUCGGCCGGCCCAUUUUUAUUUUAUUUUUAUUUUAUGGUUUCCCGUCGUUGUUUGUUCCGUUGGGCGUCGUAUCUGCAUGCAUCUCCCGUGGAUUGAACGCCGACUCAACUCGAGACGCAGGUGCUCGUCCCGGAUGCCGAGUGAGACGGCCCGUCGUGUGGAUGAGACUUGGACUGAGCGUGGUGAUGUAUGUAUUGUACGGAGUAUGUGUGUGUGCAUUUGUGUGUGUGGCUCUGAGUCGCUGUUUCUUGCGUGGUUGUGCUUCCAGAGAGAGGUGGAGAGAGAGGAAGGAGGGGGCCCUGGGAUCGGUGGCGCCUGUCCCACUCGGGGGUGUGUGUGUGUGUGUUGGUGGAUCCUCUGGGCCGGCCGUGGUUGGCUGAGAGACGAAGGCGCCUGCCCCUCCCGCGCCUCCUCGUUUCGUUCAGUGAAGGCAGGCAGGUACGAAUAGGAAUAGGCACAGGUAACUGCCGCCGCA